AUGAAAAGCACGCUUCCAUCUGGUGCCACUCCUUAUAAUGUCCAGCUAUCCACCGAGCACUCGCCAGGCUACACGCACGUCGAAGGGUUGACGAGAGAGAGCGCGGAUACGGCCUCCGACUUGCUAAUGCUGAAUCACGCCAAGUACCACACGUACUUCCAUAAACAAGUGGGACUUCACAAUCAUAUCGUUCACCAGUUAUGCACUCUGUGGGCUCUUGGCGCCUCUCCAGCGGAAAUGCAGACUGCGUACGACCUGAACAAGACGUUCCAACUCCCGCAUUUCCAUCAUAAUGCCGAGACUUUGGUGAAGAUGAGGGACCCUGCAUUCUUUAGAGAGUGUCUGGGGAAGUCGGAGUUUUAUAACGACUAUUUGCAUUUCUUCCAGGAUGAAAUUGCGGAGAGGGGGGCUGAAGAAGUAUUGAAGGAGUAUGUUUUCAAAGGCGAUGAGAGAGCCGAUGAUAUGCUGGGACGGAUGCACUCCGGCUUCCUACAUCCCAUCAUCCACCUCGGCUUCUCCCUCGAAUUUAACCAACCCUGCCUCGUUGCCGAAUCCCUCGCUGGCGCAUGCGUCCACGACAACUGGCCGCUCCCCAUCCUGCUCUCCAUCGAACAGCAUCUCUCUUCCCACCCCGACACGCCCCGUAAAUCUAUGCUCUCCAUCUUGCAAACACUGCAAACCGAUCCCAUCUUCGCCGCCGCCGCGAAAACAGGGGCCGUGCUAAACCGUGUCACCGACGCCCUCAUCCCCCACGCCGGGCCCCAGCUAUCCUCCCUCCUCGCCCAAUGGCGCGUCGAACCCACGCAAGAAGACAUCGCGUACAAAACCGCGGAAAUGGCAAACCUAUGCGCGUACACGCUAGCCGCAGCCCAACACCCCGCCAAAGAGCCAGCGAUGGAUUUCUUCAUGAUGCACAGCGUGAACCUCGGCGUUUUCUACCCCGUGUUCAUGCGGCUGCACUGGUUGACACUGGAGCAGAAGGCCAGACUGCUGAAUUGGAAGGGUUGGAUGGAUCUAGUUAUAUACGCGGCGUGCGCAUGUCCGACCCUCUAUUUGGAUCGCGUCACGGACUACAAGCCUAAAGCCCCCGGAGGCUGGGACAAUGUCGUAUCCCGCGCAAUACGCUACCCUGACGACGGACAUACGGCGAAACUCAUACGCGCUCUAAUCGGCGCCCGCAAUCUGUCUGCUUCUCAUACCGCCAACCCGGAAUUACCCCUCGCGCAAAAAGAUUUCUUGCAAAUAGCGCAUAUGACUAUGGAUUCUGUGGAGAGGAUGCAGGAUCCGGGAUACAAGGUGCCGGAGAAGCUGAGCAAGUUUUAUGGGGAGGCGCUGGGGUAUGAGGACGAGGUUGUGCGGGUUGUGGCGAGAUGGGUCAGGUGGCCGGGGAUAGAGGGGGCGUGGGAUGAUUUUCCGGAUUUGGAGGCGAGGGCGAGGUUGUAG